UAUUGGUCUGAAUUUGGCGGGGAAAACAUGUCGGAUUAUGGACGAUGAAAGUGUUGGAGGAUUUUCGUCUCUCUUUAGCAAACUCUGCGAACUAUCUUUCAACAAUGAAGCGAACAAAGGCUGGGAUGUUUACCGGCGACCACGCUACACAGAUCGACGGCGAGAAGCCUUAAAACUAUGCUUGUACGAGACACUGUUCGAGGAGCUACGAGCCCCUUGGGUUGGCGAGCUUCGUCGAACGCAAAACAAACUAAACCAGGAUGAAAAUUGUUCAUUUGGUGUUUUUAAUAAACUGUCUAUAAAAGCAUUCAAAUUCAGACUAGCACGGAGGUUUGAUGAUGCAGAUCAGUUAGAACAUCUUGUUUGCAAAUGGAGGAAUCUGGAUGGUAGGUAAAACGUGGAUAAACAAAAAUGAAACAACUGAAAUCAACUGGGAAAUGUACGAUUUUUAUGCACCUACCAAUGUAAAGCCGGCAGAGAGGGAGAGGCGGGGCAUGGGGGGGAUUUGACAUUUUUCAAAAAUUUUCCCUUUAAUUCCCUGCCCAUGGGCAAAUCAUAACUAAUCAAAACUAAUAUGGGCUUAUUUACAGUGAAAUGAAUGACAUACAUACUUCUGGGCCGAGGUGUUCAACGCUGGGUUAAGAUAACCCAGGGUUAGUGCGAGAUUUGAAUUCAGAUUUGAAAGCUUUAAAAGCAUUUCAGUUUUAAUUCUUUUUGUCCACAAGUUGAUGAUUGGAAGGUCUAAAAAUAACGGAGGAAAUUAUCAGAGAAAAUGCUUUUGAGCACAAGAAGAGGAUACCUGGGUUAAAUUUAACCCCGGUUAAGCGCUAAUCUGCCUUCAAACAACUGGACCCUGUUGUAUUCAUUCGAUCUUUUAGGCAAUUUGCUUGACUGUUUCAUUGGCCUCGUUGGACAGAAUUCAGUCUGUUCAACUCGUUGUUUCAUUCCUCUCCUCGGGCAAAUUAUAAUUCAAUUUGUUCACCUUGUAGCUUCAUUCACCUUUUGAGGCAAGUAAAACUGAUUAGAAAAAGCAGUGAACUAGAUUGGGAAGGUUAUCUACUGAAAAUGGGUCUUCAGUUGAUUGUCGGAUGCCGCUUUGGAACAUAAAUCAUCAUCCGUGUGACAAGAUGUACAUGUAUAUUCUCAGGUUCAACCUCUAAGGGCUCAUUUUUUGCUAAGGUUCUAACCCUAGUAACAUUGGUUUAACCUAAAAAAUCAUUAUGCUAAACAAAUUGUAAAAUUAAUACAAUGCAAUACCCCUAGUAGAGAAGAGAGGUGAUGACAUCACAACAACUAAAUUUGUGAAAUCAUAAUAUGGGAUAGGUUGGCAUAUCCACAAAAACAAAAGAUAAAAAAGCUUCCUUGUCAAAAAUCAGCUUGUCAUUGCAAAUUGGCAGAGAGAUACAAGCAUUUUUAUACUGUGAUUAUUCCACAUAAAUCCUUCUAAAAUAGGCCUGGUUCGUAAAUGUCAGGAUCUCAGCCAAUUUUAAAAGGAUUUGCCUGGAAUCGUGCUUUUUCAUGUUUUUCUUUCUAAAUAUCCCAUAAUUUUACUAAUUUGAAUUUUUGUGAUGUCAUACUCCUUUUCUGUUUCUUUUAAAAUGUGAAUCCAAAUCUAAGUUUGUGAAAAUUUGUCCAUGUACUUCAGUAUAAGUAGUAAGAAUUCUACUUUUCUUAUCCUAGAACCCUGUAGUAGUAGCCUUGAUUUCAACAACACCAAUAAGAAAGCUGUAGUGGAGAAGGAAGCCAUACUGAGAUUUUUAGUUGCCUUGUCUGGAUCGGGAACCAGUGAAUCACCAGGGGUGCUUGGUCAUCACAAUGACUUGUGGGUCAAAGGAUCCACACAGGUGAUCAAUAUUAUGGCCUGCCACCUAUUUUUCUCAGAAUUUUGUACGUAAUGUCUCCUUGCUGGGCAUAAAGUCAGCGAGUGGUAUCUGAAAAGGUUUUGUUACCACCGGAGAUGAGCAUAUUUUAGACAGAUACAUAUAUCCCAACUCUCCCAGAUGUGGCACAUAUCUCCUAGACUCUCAUAUGGGUCACCAAAUCACUAAUUGGAUGCAAUCGACUUUUAAGCUUUUCUGUGCUUUGGUGUCACUGUGAAACAAUUUUAGCCCCUAUUUUCCAGAAGUAUGAAUUUUCUUUAGGUUCAUAGUACAGUUUUUGGGGCAUUUUUGCACGUAUUGAAUCACUGACAAUGAUAUGUUGGCAUUAUAGAAUUUCAUAUCACGUCCUAAGCAACCCCCAUGUUAUAAUAAGUUGGGACUGUCUUGAGUUGUUUUUUGGAUGGGUCAGGGGGGUGGUUAAUCAUGUUAUUGGGGGUGUGUGAGAGUCCCCAGAUUUAAAGUUUUCUUCUUAAUUCGUACCUUUUUCAGUGUUCUUAUUACUGCACUUUUCAAAUACAUGUGAACUCUGAAGUCUAAAAGCGGACAUUUGCAUUUUUCGCUGCCAUCAAUCAUCCUGGUGGACCUCUUACGAAACAGAACUUUACUACUUAAUCAGGUUCAAAAGGUCAUGGUUUGUAAUGUGUGAUUGGUGGAUUUUGAUCCAUUUGGUGUGUUUCUGUGUUUCAAGGUUCGCUGCUUGGGAUGGUAAUUAUGAUUGAUGGCAGUGAAAAACACGAUUGUUAAGGUGGCUUUUGAACUUUAGAGUUCGCAUGUUUGUGAAAAGCACAGUAAUUCCCCAUGUUAUGUCAAAGUUACAUAUUGUUUGUUCUUCUAACACCCUGUAGAUUCACAAAACCUCUCUGCCAGAAGGACCUCUGCUGAUUACAGACAGCCAUCUUUUGAGACAACGGUCACUUGAAUUUGAUCACUAUGUCCACUACUCAAGGUUUGAUUUGCUAGAGAGCAGAUGUAAAUUGUUUUUUAAUCAUCAGUGACUGACUGUGACUAAAAGCCUAAAGAGAGGCACUGCCAAAUAUUUAUAUUAAUAAGACUAGAAAUUCUUUCAUGUACUAAACUCCCAUAUUGUUUGCUUUAUAACAGAGAGCUGUUUGAAUGUCCUCCAGUUCUUUCAGUUCCAGGAAAUGAUCCUUCAAAAAGGCUUUGUCAAACUCAACAGGUAAUAAUAAUUAUACCAGGCACAUGGGUACAGUUUUAACUUGCUUAGCAAAUUAUAUGUGACAUGUACCUAUCUUGACAAGAAAAAAAAUGUUAGGACUACAUGAUCUGAGUGCAGCAGAUUAAGAUAUAUAGGAAAAGGAUGUGUUUAAUAUGUCCUUGAGUGACUGCUGACCUAAUUUCAAAUUCUCCCUCUGGUUUACAAAUAUAUUCAAGUCAAUUGGGAAGAAGAACCUUCACUUUUUCACAAACCCUUUCAGCUUUAUUCCAGGCACUCCUUUUAAUGUUGUUACCUUUUUUAGAUUUUUGAAGAAUUACCAGGAAGUUUCAGGGGAAAAGCAAGAUUCUUCACCCGGCAGGUAUGUAUUUUAUUAACUACUUUGAUAUAGUUCAAGUAACACGAUUUUCUAAGGAACAGAUUGGUUUUGCAUUACUGUAGUUCCCCCCCCCCCCUUUUUUUUCGGCAUUUGUAUGAAAAUGUGCAUGAUUUAUUUUCCAGGAUUUUAGUGAAGAUGUUCAUGGGAAUGAUGGCCGUUCUGCCCUGUUCAGUGCAUUGGUCCAUAGCCGUACUGAUAAUAUCCAAGUAACACUAGAGCUGCCACAGCUUCCAAGCACCUCUAAGUAAGCUCUAAGCAGUAUUAAUCAUAGUAUUAAUUUCCAGCCAUUGUCAAGGAAAUGCCUGAGCCUGUGUGAUAGGCUCGCAAUGGACCGUACAAACGGUGUGCUUUUGAUUCACCCAUUUUUCGGGUUAUAUUAUAGGUAGUUUUUAUCAACAGAAGUGCUGAGAUACUUUAACUUCUGUGAAUAGUCAUUACUUUGGCGAUAACUAGAUGGCAAUUUUCACCAGACACUGGAGCUUUUGGAGAAACCUGUUACUAAAGUUUUUGUAGGGAGAGAUAAUACCUAAACAUGUUUGAUUUUCUGUCUCUUUCCAUCCACAGCACACUGCAUUCUCUGGCUACAGAACAGAGAGAGGUAUGUGUCCAUGGGAUAAAACUUUCAAACUUGUGCUAAACAUUCACGCUAAAUUUUCAUUUAACUUGUUGUUUAAGUUAUUACUCACUUUUUAUUAAAGGUCCUAAGCUAUUACUCAUAAGUCACAUGGUAUUUUGUUAGACUACAGAUGAUGAAGGCUUUGAAUCACUCGAGACAAGCUCCAACUCAUCGACAUCAUCAGAUCAAGCUAUGGCUCUGCAAGAAAAGACUGAUAUUUGGACAGCUGCAUUAAAUCUGCCACCUCACAGAUAUUUCACCUGGGAAAUGGAAGGAAGGUAAAGUGAGGAAUUUUCUACUACAGAUAUAUAUUUACAAACCAAGUUCUUUUCAGCUGAUUUUGCCUUCUCAAAAACAAACGAUGAAGAAAAAGUAAAAUUUUACCCACUUAAUUUUAAUACUGGUGUCCACUUAACACAGUUUUACGCAGUGUUAGCUGAAUACAGAGUCAAUUUAUUAUAGUUUUUGAUAUAGGCUUUACCAUGAACAGUGACUUACCAAUAAGUAGUGCAAUUUCAGACAUAGUUUCUUGAGCAAAAAAGGAGAAAAACAUGAGCAUUUGGUAAAAUGUUCCUGAAGGUAUUAUUAUGUGAUGCUCACCUGCUAGGUAGUUUUCCAAGAACCCUCCUCGUGUUUGGUAGUUCUAAAACUUGUGAAAGAAGGCUAGCUCAGUUAAUAAUCAGUGCCCUUUUUCUUUCUUACUCUUAAUUUCCAGGCGAGAACUGCUAGAUGAGAGACCCUUCCUCACAGAGGCAGGGCCAGCUGUGUUUGACGCUCUUUAUGACACUGUGAUCCGCCAAGUAUCAUACAUAGUUAAGCCUCCAAUUUCAAGCCAUAACAUGGUCUCUAUAAGUGUUCUGAUCAAGGAUUCGUUUAAUGUUUUGAUUGGUGUUCCUUCUAGAACAUUUCAUCUAGACAAGGUACUGUUGGUAUUGGUAUCCACUCAGGCAGUGCGUCAAAUGAAUGACAAGGAGACUAUCCAUCUUACAUGAACCUGGAUAACUCGAAUUCCCCACCAACUCAAACUAAAUUUCUUUUCCCUCGAGAGUUCGAGUUACCAGGGUUCUACUGUAUAUAGAGCAUUUUCACAUGAUGUCACUGUGUCCAUAUUGGUGUUCCAAGAUAAUGAAACAGCAGCCAUGUUGGUGUUCCAAAUUAGUCCUCUGGGAGUUGACUUCUUUUCUUAAAUGUAAAUGCUUCCUUUUGUUUGAGUAAAUUUGCAUAGAUGUUGGCCACAUGAGUGAAAAUGUUCUAUAUACAUUCUUCUUAAUUUUGCUUUUUUUGGUAAUACCAGCAAGUUCUUGUAAUAGGGUAUUGAGGACUUUGCAUGUAAAUCAUAAUUUGCCAAAAAGUCUGUAUUUAGAAAAUCAAAUAAAGCAAAACAGUUCAAACGAGAUCUUCUAUUUUAGCAGCUCAAAUUUUUUUCAAAUAAUGUGAGGAUUCUACUUACAGUAUGUAAAUCUCUUUCAUAUAUCAGCCAACAAAAGGGUUUUUCUUUUGGCUAAAGCAAGGACUAUAACUGAGCUUUCAAUAUACACUGUAUGUGGUUUGGGUUAGGGCUAUAAUAUAUGUGGGUCUCACCCCUUAAAUUUUGUGAUCAUUUUAAGGGGAGAUGGAUUUUCAACUCAAUAUUUUUGCUUAUGUGUAAGAAUGCGUAAAACACGUAAAAAUGUCAUGAUUUUCUUUUAACUGGCAGGCUGCCCAGUGUUUCAAUGUCAACGAACAGGUUCGCUUAUCAGGCACAUCACCAGAGAUGAUUCGUAGCGUCUUAACUCGGUUGGCAGUGAUGGGAACAGAUUACAUUCAGCUCAACAAGUUUGCAACUCAUCAGAGAGGAAAGACUGCCGGGCUUGUAUUACAGGCCUUCUUAGGAGCACUUCAAAACUAUUUGCAAUGUUACAGGGCUACUGUGCUAUCUGUGAACGGUAAAUUUGAAUGUCUUCUUUGACUCUGAUAACGACAUGUAAAUUCCGGAAACCUUGGUCCUUUUAUACCACAACAUGCCCAAGAAACAUUAGUUCCAUCAAUCUCUCCUGUGGAACUUUGAAGUGUUCACAUAAUGUACUUUUCUCAUUUUAAUUUCAUUUUCUUUUAUUAUCCACAGUUUCUUCAGUGCAAAGCCCGCUUUUGUUAACAUUUGCCUUUGAUAAUCUUGCAAAGCAGUUAAGGUUAGUUGUUCUAAAUUACCGUAAAUAUGAGAUGUUUUGAAAUGUUUGUUAAUAAUUUGAACUAUUCUUACAGGUUUCUGGCAAAUGUAUGCAUGUGUUCACAGGCUUUCAAAAAGGCUCCUGAUGAUCCUAAACUCAGGUUUCCUACUGUAAGUAAUUACCUGAAGCAGAAUUUUAAUUUGAAAACUAAUCGCCUUUCACAAAAUACUCGUAAAUAAAUAGUACAUGAACCAUGUGAAAGUACUACUAAAGAGGUUUCAUUUGAAUGGUAACACCAUAGGAUUUCAUCCACAGACUCAAACGUUAAAACUACAUACUAAAUAAAUAGUACCAUGUGAAAGCACCGCUGAAGAGGUUUCAUUUGAACGGUAAUAUCAUAGGAUUUCAUUAUUAUAACCGUUGGAUUUCAUAUACAGACUUAAAAGGUAAAACUACAUACUAAAUUAAUAGAAUAACUAAAAUAACUGAGAUAGUAAAAAAAAGUACUUCCUUUACACUCCCUGCAAACAGCUAGACCUUCGCAUGGCCCUGGUUGGCUACAAAAAUGGCGGUCACAUCUACGGAAAAGAAUAUAAGCAUUGUUAUCAAUUUGUAUUUAAUUUUCCCGUUAAAGAUAUUGGCACCUGAUUACAAGGCAUUUUAUUUUUAUAUUUUAAGGGCGUGAAGUUGUUGACCUACCUUUAUCAGCUGUGUCUGGAACAUUCAAGCUCCAAUUUUUAUCCGAUCUUGUUGUCUCUCCUCAAACAUAGCCUGAUGCCAUACAUUAUGUAAGUAGGAAACGUACACAGAAAGAAAAGUACAUUAACUCUCGACCUUUGAGAUAUAUGUUUGCCCGUCAAACUCGAUGAAGACCACAGGACCACAGCUUUCAACAUGUUCAACUGGGAGCUUAAGCAGAGACAACGAUACCAACAGGUUACAAAACAACAACUCUGCACGUGCAUCACGCUUGUUUUACAUUAAUUUUGUUUGUCGUCUGCACGACCCCGACGUAAGAAAUUCCUAAUUUCACGCUUUGUUGAGGAGACGAGCUCAAGACUUCGAUUUUCUAUUCUUUCUUAAACUUAAAUACAUCCUCUAGAAUUCAACUGCAGAAAAAACUCACCAACAUCAGACAAAUUGAACCACAUGGAAGUAAAAGCGAUAAAUUUUUCAACAGCUUCAACUCAUUUUUUUGGGAGACGUUUUCACCGCCCGCCGUCGUCGUCUUCGCUUAAGCUCCCUAGAAAUCUGGGCACAAAACUCACUUCCGUGGGUCUCUCAUUUUUGGCCGUUAGGGGGCUCAUGUGUUGGCCAUUCUGGAUUUUCUUGCUGUGUACUUGUUUUCAGCUGCAGCUCUGCCACCACUUGAUAAGCUCUGAUUCACCUUUCAUCAGGUUGCGCCCGAAAGACUGGUCCGCUGCCAGGUUUUCCCAGGAUUUAUACUAGGAUAUUUUUAGCCGGGGUUCUUCUGGUCCCGCUUGUUCAAACGUUGGAUAGCGCUAUCCACCGGAUAAAUCUCUAUCCAGCGGAUAAGUAUUAGGAAAACCAAUUGCGCUAUCCAGUGGAUAGAUGAUCCCCCCCCCCUCGAGCAACUGGGGCGUGGUGGUCAGUGGUCUACGGAUUUUUAUAAACAGGCUAAAAAACUUAGAACUGCCUUGCUUACCUUGCUCGUAAUUAUGGGGACAUUCUUUCCCAAGGCGCUUUGAAUUAGACCAUUGUCAAAAAGCGUCAUCAUGCAUUAACUCUGUAAAAAUGUUUUGUGUGGGUGUGUGUUUUUUUAUUUUUUAAUGUUAGCAACGUUCUUCAUCUUACGCAGGUUUGUUCAAACAUGGGUUUUCAAGGGUAUUUGCAACGAUAUGUUUGGCGAGUUUAUGAUCGAAAUGGACGAGCAAUAUCUGGCUUACAGAGGUAAUUAUGAAAAGUCCUAACAGAUUUACUGCGUUUUGUCUGUUAAUCUUUUUUGGGGACUCGAGGAUUUUAGCCGCAGACACCUUUCGUUUCAGUCAUGUCUAUAAGGUUCGUUCGCUAAAAGACACGUUUGUUUCGUCUUGUAUUGAAACGAGACUUGCUCCCUUAAUUUCUCAGAUAAGCACUUCUGGACGCAUGGCUAUGUAAUGGUUGGACGCGACAAACUGGAUUGCGUGCCGUUAUUUUUGGGAGAACUAGCAGAGGAUAUAUUUGUCUGUGGAAAAACGAUCAACUUACUUAAGCUUUGCUGUCCUGAGGUACAAUUCCUUUUUGUUAUCGUAAUGUGUCUUUCAGCUGAUUGUCGAAAAUAUUUUUGUACUUGUUAGUUUUUUGUUUUGCCUCUAAGCUACCAUACGUUAUUCGCUAAAACAAUCUAGCGACGUCCUUUUUAAACCAAUCUACCUCUCCCCAGUUUUCUCCCGUUUUAUUUUCGUGUUCGCGCUUUCUCAUUUUCGCAGACCCGACCAUCUCGGAGCCUGGAACAGGCAAAGUUUUCUUCUAUAAGCCGGAAGGGAAUGUGGUUUAGUCUUGGGUAUGCUUGUGUGCUAAUGACGGUCGUAUUUAAAAGGAGCAUAUGUUUUUUGUUUUGUUUUGUUCCUCAGCAUUUUUUGUGCGAUCCUGGGAUUCCCCUUCCUAGAAUGGAAGUGACAUUUUCCAUGGCUCGGCUGAAUAAACUUGAAGGAGAAUGUAAGCAGUACAUGCAAGCGGUACAAACAAUGUACAACCAGCUACAAGAACAACGAGAAAAAAAGGUAUUGUUUUCUUUUUGACUACUUCAGUGAGCUUUGGUCCUUUUUUGUUGCGUUUGCGGACGUUUGCGUAAUUACUUCGGUGCUCAAGUAAAGUCAUGUUCGCCCAGCGAAAAAGUGUAUGUAAAAGAGGUACCGUAAAAUUCCGAAAAUAAGCCCCUCCAUAUAUAAGCCCCUCCAAAUAUAAGCCCCCCAAACUCGUAACCCAAAAAACCCUCCGUUAAUUCGCCCCUCCAAAUAUAAGCCCCCUCCGGGGGCUUGUACUUGGAAGUACAAGAUAGCCCUCAAAUACUGUGUAAAACAAAGAAAAACGGUAAAUUUCCUUCCAAGAAUAAGGCUAGCCCAAUCGAUUUUGGAACGCAAAUUUCCCUCCGUACAUAAGCCCCUCCGAAUAAAGCCCCUCCAAAAAUAAGCUCCUCAAAAUGGGCCUUUGAAAAAUAUAAGCCCCAGGGCUUAUUUUCGGAAUUUUACGGUAUGACCCGGAAGUGGCGGAAAGGGAGAAGGAGGGGGAUUGAGGAGCAGGGUUUGGGGAGUAGCAAUUCAUGAUGAUUAGGUAUGCGCCUUAGAUAGUUUCUAUCCGUAGGUUUAUGCAUAGAGUAUGUCACAAGUUUUUUUAUCCUCUGCUGCGUGACCUCCAUCUUCUUGUACUUUAGCUUUGCAUUCCAGUUCUUUAUGGAGAACUGAUACCAUCUUGUUCGCUAAAUUGAAUAAGCCCGCCCUGUCAAAUGAGCCCCCCCCCCCCUCCUUCAAAGGUGUUUGAAAUAACUCAGCCCCCUGGGGGCUUAAUAGGGGAUGAACGGUACCCAAUUUCUGUCUCUGACGUUACUGACUCUAAUGCUGUUGUCUGACGCUCAACGGUUUGUCUGUCCCAACAGAGAAGAGCUAUUGAGGACGAAAAACAGAGGGUUAUCCUUGAGGGUUUGGGGAGUAGCAAUUCUUUAUGAUUAGGUAUGCGCUUUAAAUAGUUUCUUUCCGUAGGUUUAUGCAUAGAGUAUGUCACAAGUUUUUUUAUCCUCUGCUGCGUGACCUCCAUCUUUUUUUACUUUAGCUUUGCAUUCCAGUUCUUUAUGGAGAACUGAUACCAUCUUGUUCCCUAAAUUGAAUAAGCCCCCCCUGUCAAAUGAGCCCCCCCCCCCCCUCCUUCAAAGGUGUUUGAAAUAACUAAGCCCCCUGGGGGCUUAAUAGAGGAUGAACGGUACACAAUUUCUGUCUCUGACGUUACUGACUCUAAUGCUGUUGUCUGACGCUCAACGGUUUGUCUGUCCCAACAGAGAAGAGCUAUUGAGGACGAAAAACAGAGGGUUAUCCUUGAAGAACGUGAAAGAACUGAAAAAGCGUUGUCAGAAAUAACAGGUCAGUGGAAGACGAAGAGCUGAUUUAACUUUUCAAUUGAAUGACGAAUUUUUUUGUAACUCAAGUUAUCUCAUACAACAGAUCUUGUACAGAAAGCCAAGGAAGCAGUGGAACUGAAAAAGCGAGAGGACUUUAAAAUGUUAAAGGAACAGAUGGAAGACGCUUUGAAGGUGAGAUUUACGAACUUAUCUAUAAUAAUAAUAGUGAUGAUAAUUAUAAUGAUAGUGAUAAACAUGAUGAUGAUGAUGACAUCUGAUAAUAAUAAUAAUAAUAAUAAUAAUAAUAAUAAUAAUAAUAAUAAUGAUAAUAAUGAUAAUAAUGAUAAUAAUAAUAAUAAUCGUCAUCGUCAUCAUAUAUGAUCCAUUGUAUUCCGUAGCGUUCACUUUGAAACUGUCCCAUUUCAAAAAAUCUCGAUGUUUUAGCCAUGGUCAUGAAUCUAGAACAAGGGUAUUGACUUUGCUUUUAUUUUACAGAACAAAGCUUUGGAAAGAAAACAAGAACAAGAAGCUGAUGCCAAGUAUUUAGAAGAAGCACAGAAGAGAGAAGUCACAACAGGCACAAUUGAGGACGAGAUGAAAAACAAGGCCAGGUAUGAGCUGGAAAUUUAUUUAUUCUGUGUAAGAGAACAAUCUAGGAUUCAUCAGAAAUUGCUAUGUUUGAUUUCUUCAUUAUGUUUGUUUGUUUCUUGGUUUAUUCCUAUGCUCCUGAAAUACUCUACUCAUUUAACAGGGGACCCUAAACGACCCUUCGACCACCCCAAGGUGACCCUCUAAUAUCUCCUACGCUAGGUACGAAAUUCGCGCCUUUAACUCUUAAGUGAAUUGGUUGAUAUCUUAUUUUCCUUUGUGCGCUUGCGUAUUAUUUACUAAUUGACCAGUUGACCCAGUUAUGUUUUAUCGUGUUGACGCAUAAUUCAUUUGGUCUCUGAUUCGCUAAUACGUCAAGUGUUUUUGUUGUUGUUGUUGUUUUUAAAUGUUUGUAGAUGGUGGAUUAAGGUCUGUUUUACAGGCGAUUAUUGUAAUCAAAAUGUUUUACAGCUAAUUUUUCCCACUGUUCAUAUUUUCUGAAUUGACGUCUUGAAUAACGUGCGUUGCUUAAUGGAACUAAGAAGAAUAUUGAACACUUAUUAUCUCCGUUGAAAUUGUUUCUCCAGGGAGGAACUAAUCAAGUACUAUGAAGAACUUACUCGUGAAAUGGAGUACAGAGAAUUCCGUGCCCAGUGGCUUAUUCGUCGUAGAGAACUGGACUCUACUAGAGCCCAGUUCCUGGCCAAGGAGCAGGCGCGGUUAGACAGCCUAAAGGAUCAAAUGACGCAAAGACCUGUUGCCCAGACCCCUGUUGAAGCAAAAGAUGUGACUACUGCGCAAUCUGGAAGAGACGACGGUGAAAGGCCCGUGGUAGUUUCCAGUGACGAAAAAGGAGCGAAUUUGACUUUAGAAAAUGUAUCUACUUCGGUUUCGGUUCCCAACCCAAGUUUGGUAUCGCUUAUCGCUAGUGGUGUAAGGACAGACGCUUUACUGAGAGCUGAGCAGCAAAAGAAUACUGCUGAUUUGUCAGAUUCUACCGUUAGGGCUGAUAACAUCAAUGAGCCAAGAGAAGGCAGGACGGAAGUCUCAUCUGAAAGUGUAAAUGACGAAGGUUCACAUCGACAAGCUGGAGAAUCAAGUUCUGAGGCUGGCACGAUUGACAGCAGAGGUAGAAGGACGUGGGAUAGCCCGGCAGAGAGCGCUACCGAGCUGGGAAGGCUCAGGGAAGGAGGAAGUGGGAGAAAAACGUGGGAGACCCCUGAAGGAGAGAUUAAGAUCGGCUCUCCUGUCCCCACGUCACACCCCUCAGAUUCUUCAAUACAGUUCGCGAUGUAUAGCGAUAAGACAAAGAGUGGCGAGGAGGCACUGACAUCUGGCCAUAGAAGAGAUACUCUAGAAACAAGCACACCGCAUGCAUCGGAUUCUUCAUUACAAAGCAUUUUGUACCCCAGCAACCCGUCAGUGAUAACACCAGGCCCGGAUGCUCAGGCUACGGGCUUUGUAUCCCAGCCUUUACGUCUGGAUGGUAGUAGUCUGGUUACGAGCCAUCCGUCGGACUCUUCGGCUCAAGACAUUUUAUAUGGAGGCAAUGUAACUCCUGGGCCAUCCCAAGAUAGGUCACCGACCGCACAAGGGCACCCUUCGGACUCCUCCGCGCAGUAUCUCUUAUACAGUAGCGGUAACGUGGAAGGAGCUGGCACUGAAGCCCUUGUUCCGGAACAUGGGCACCCUAGUGACUCGUCAGUCAGCAAUCUCUUGUAUCCUCGCGAUGAAGGCACACCCACCCCCCACACUCCCCGUCUUUCCCCACAUGGUCAUCCUUCCGAUUCACAAGUUUCUCUGUCUCAAGGUACUGCAGCUCAGGUUAUGCGACAUAGUUCCAGGUCAACGUGGCAGCAUCCCUCGGAUGCUUCAGUUCAGAAGCUUCUCGGAGAUAUAAACAUUUUAGGGGAAAGCCAACAAAGCACCCGUGGGACUCCUCCCCCUAGCAUAGCUCAAGAUAUUAUUUACCCUCAGAUUGAUGGACAAGCGUCUUCCAGUGUCUCACACACGCGUGGCACCCCUCUCAAGAGCGUCGCUCAGGACAUUUUGUACCCAAAAGGGGAGGAGUCCGGGCAAGUACCUGGUGCAAUUCAUACUCGUGGGGGUCCACCCUCAAGUGUUAUUCAAGAUAUUAUGUACCCAAGCGUAGAGGGAGCGCUAGAAGAAUCAAGAAAGAUUUCCACUCGAGGUCAUGAGCCGGAGGUGAAGAUCACGAAGAUCAUGUACUACGUGAAAGAUAAAGAAGGUAAAGAUUAGUAUUGAAUAUAAAGACUGUCACCCUUUUAGAGGGAGAGUACUAAUAGGCCAAAAGGAAAGAUUAGUGACUAGAAGGUAAAGGUCCUUAUUAUACGUUUGUAACUCGCUCAUUUUACCCUCUCCUCUCCAUUGGUGCUCCGUUUUACGGGUAUUUACAGCUAGUUAAAGCUUCACGUAGAAAACCGUAGAGCCAGUCUAACAUCACACUCACUGAUUAUGUGUGACUUGAAAGAACUAUAGGGAGAUACAAAUAGCUGACUGUUGUCCCUCCUCCCUCAGUGUCCACUGUCUAUCUCUCCCUCCCUCCCUCCCUCCCUCCCUUCCCUCCUCCCUCUCAUUGUCCAGUGUCUAUCCGCCGGCAACACCUAAAUUGGAGCCCUGCUCUGUUGUGUUUGCCUAUUUAGGAAAGACAGAAGAAGAACCACAGACUAAACAGUUAGAGUUUGAGGACGUGUGGUUGGCAUCGCAGGUGGAGCCACUGCAAGACAACUUUGAUAUCUUGGGUAGGUUGGUAGGUUUGCCCUUGGCCCGGCGAUAAGACAAGAAAAUAAAAAGAAAAUCAGCAAUCUGAUUGGUUGAUUAAGCGAUUUUAAGAAAAAUUUCUAUAUUGUAGCAUAUAAAGGGCGCAAGUCGACCAAACAGGCCUCGUCACCUUAAUCUGCUUGUUUCUCAGCUGUAGAGAACGUUUGUGACUCGAGAGAACUUUUUCUUUCGAAUUUCGUCGUCUUCACGUGCAUGGACAUAAAGGACAAAUUUUCUCGACGACAUAUCAGCCUGCGAAGCAGUCGUUUCUGUUUCCUUUUAUCCAAGCGGUAGAAGCGCAGGGCAUGCGCGAGUGCGUAGAAUGAAGAAUGAUAUCACUUAUCAGUGCAGGCUACACGAUAAGAUGGAUACUGGCCGUAAGGCUCAAUUAAUCCAUUCGCCUAAUGUUGUCGUUCUUGUUUUUACUUUUUUUCUCAGAUGAUAAUCCCUCGUCAAAUCUUCUUCAGGGUGCGUUGGGGUCCUUUCCAGUUGCACAAGGUAAAAAAAAUAUAGAUUAUACACCUCUACACCUAACUAUAUAAGAUGCUUAGCCGUCGCUUUCGGGGAGUUACCAUACGGCCACUGUGCGUGUCAGUCUUAAUUUUAUUUAUUUACUAGUUGUUUUGAUUGUUCAUUUGUUUUCAUCAUAUAUGUAACAGGCUCUGAUGAUGAAGAUACAGACGCAGCACAACUAAUGUCUCUUCCGGUUUUGCUUCAAAGAUCUGUCAUGGCUCCUCUUCUCGCCCAGUAAGUUGUUUGGCUGUUGCAUUACUACAGUACCAUUUUCGUCCCAACCACAACUUAGAUGGUGUUCCUUGUUCUCUCUGUUUCCGACGGCCGUCUGCUUCUUUCCUUACCUUUGAUGUUCAUUCCGGCGGUUUUUAAGACCCAGAUGAUUUUUGUGUUGCUUUUUCCUCUGUGACGUUUGGUAUGCGCCAACACAUUUUUGCCACACAGUACAAUCCUAAACGCAAGUGCCCUUUUUUUGGUGAGAAUCAGGCGUAUGACGAGGCUUUUUGGGCCAGUGUUUUAGGCUGAGGAACUUAGCGGAAAGCAUAAGCUUGCUUCGACAUUGACAGGUUUCAAGCAAUCUUUCUUUACGGUUUUCUUUUCUUUUCUUCCUUUUUUUGUCCUUUUGCAGGAUAUCUCUAGUGAACUCCGCCAUUGUUGCUUACUUUAUGGACGAUCUUCAGAUCAAUAAACACUUUACCUUGUUCAAGAAAUUACUGUUCAUGGAAGAUGGCGAGUUUUCCCUCUCACUUGCGAACCAACUGUUUGAAAAGGUAUGUGAUGACUUCUGCAGUUCUCUUCAGCUUCUGGCGUAUCUAGAUGUUGGAUGCCCUACAUGUUUAAAUUUUUUGCUGGACAUAAAUGUUUUUGUAGAAGGCAAAACGCUUUUUUAUUAGCUCUGUUGAUGACAAGUUAAGAUGCAAACGAGAAGUGUUUGAGUCAUUCCGGAUGUAAAACCAUCCAGAGCAUUUAAGUGGCAUGAUCCUGCCUGAUAUGGUUUAACCCUUUAAGCCCUUUGAUUAAUGUUUUCAUUCUUAUUUGUUGUCCCUGUAUGUUUCCUAACGAAGUUGUGGGGGGAAGUUGCUGAAGUAUCAAUUAAAUUUGUCUUGUGCGAUCAUGUACUCAAUUCUCAACACCAAUCUGAUAUUACAAGGAGAAUUUCGAUGCUGAUUACUCAAUACCUUUAAUAAUUAACGUAUAUUUUAUUAUGUUUUUCCGCAUUUCUCUAAGCUUGCCUCAGGGGCUACCCCACGGGAGAUGUGUUCUGCUACAGUGUUAAAUGGCAUUGUUGGAAAGGCUCUUCAAUUGUCUGUGUACUCCGACACAACAGAGCAUGCGCAAAACCUCGCCUUUGCUCUUAAAUCGUUGCCUGAAAUUUUCAAACCCAACGGUAAGACUACAAUAACUUGUCCUCGAUUGUUACAAAGGAAUCGUAAUUAAAAAAACUAAAAUGUAUGUGUAAACGCUAACUUACUUUAUAGGAAACAUCAGAAAGGUAGAGGAGAAGGCUCAUUGUAAAUAAAGCAAAUCGUGCAAGUUUUACUUUUUUUCCCAUCACAGCAGGCAUUGGCUAUCGUCCCCUUGUAGUUGGUCAUUCACGUGGUACAAAAACACCAUACUGGAGAGCAAAAAUGCACUGAGACAGUCAAACAAAUAAAAAUUACUACAAAAUUUGAAAAAAUGUAACCUCUGUUUGUCUUGCCUUGUAGUAUUUCUUUCUGAUCACUUGACGAACGGCUAUAAAGGGCACGUGAAAUUAGAAGUCCAAACAAGUACACACCUUUUGGUUUACACUGAAUUAUAUAUUCGUUUCAGAAAUGGGCACGCUGGAUUUUCUUGAACUGCGUUACAGAGUGGAGUGGCCUGUGAACAUUGUCAUCACUGAAAAGUCCGUUGUCAAGUACAAUAAAGUGAGUCUAUCGCGGUGUUAGUGAGUCCAUUUCUCAAAGCUAACAUGUAUUGUUAAUUGUUUGGUUAUAAUAUAGUGCACCGCCUUUCUGCAUUUCCGCAGCGUAAAAUCUUUCAUACCUACGGCCUCCCACUCAGAUCAAACGUUCGUAAGGCUUUAGAACGUUUCCCUGGUGCCUCUUCCCUUCUGGCUCGGAAGAUCAGUCGACAGAGCAACAGCGAUCUAAUCCUUUUACCCUAGGUUCGAUUCUCUCAAUGGCUAGAAAUGUUUUCUCUGUCUGUGAGUGUACUUUCAUACCAACGUAAGGCUGAGACAGGUGAUUCUUGUGGCACUACAAGGCACCUUCCAUUUAGUAGUUUAUUAAGUCUACCGCAAGCAAUUUGUAUUUCCUUCUGUACAGAUCUUCUCGUUUAUGUUGCGGCUCAAACGGCUUUCCUGGGUAUUACGGGAUGUAUGGUUUCACUUGAAGCAUAUCGGUAAGAGUUAGAUUACUCUACCUCUUUAUUUUAUUUCUUCGUGAUUUUAUGUCACUCUCAAGGCAGCACCAUAUUGCAUAUUUCCCGAACCUUCCCACAUGCGUGAUACCUUCUCUCGUUUCCGGGCCGGCCAAGUUUAAUUUGGGCCUCUUUAGCUCCAAGGUUCCUUUCCUACUUGUCCCCCGGUCCCCUCUCUCGCUCCGAAAGACGAGUAGGAAAGGGCCCUGAGAAGGAGGUUGCUUUAGUUCAUGGAAGCUGAUGGAAAUGCAAAUAGUUAACCAGGCAAUUUGAGCGCACGCUUGCUUUUACAAACAAAAUACACUAAGGUGUCCUUCGAGAAAGUCGUCGUAUAAAAGCAAUUUGUUCUUGUCUCACCCAAUGCCUUUUUAAAGCUAAUACUGUAGUGAUCAUAAUCCAUGCUUGUCGUUUCAGCUUAUUCUAGGAACGCGGCGAUGUCGCCUCAAAUUCGCCAGCUUCAGCUGUACAGGUACUUGUUUUGGUUGUUGUUUAUUGGCCUCCUCGAAAGUUCGCGUGAGACUGGGUCUUUGUUGUGUCGAAUUGCAUUAUGGGACUGUUUUUUUGGACGCUUAACGCUUUCCCUAUAAGUCAGUUAUAGAGGUGAGAAGUGUGACGUCGUUACCAUGGUAGCAUUAUUUCUGGAUCUCAACAAUCUUUCUUGACAGAGACAGCCAUUUUGCAUUGUUGAACGAUGGAAGUAAAGGCUAUCGCUUUGUUCCUGAGUGCAAUCAUUCAUGUCAAUUUUUUUCGUUUUCCUUUUCUGCCAUGUUUGCAGGACCACGAAUUGUUGAGAUUCAGAAAUUUUGCUACCAUGACAAUGUGAUUAAGCGAUUUCACCUCUCUGUUACAAGGGUGCGCAAGAAACUGGGUUAAAAUUCGUCCCCAAAGCAAUUCCAGAGUGCAAUUUGACAAAACACAUGCGGAGACUCAAAAAUGACUUACGCUAUCGAUACUUUUUUUUCGAUUACGAAAUAUUAAGCAUUGCGUAAUUUCUCUCGCUUCCCGCCUUUUUAGGACGUCCACUUCCCGCUCUUUCCUCUGUCGCUUCUGUGCAACACCCGUACAUCCGCCCCUAUUUUCCCGUGCUUCCGCCCCCAUCCUCUCCCCACAAAUGUGGUUUGAGGAAAUUGCGUCCAUAUGUAGAGAGGACCAUUACUUGAUCCCGAUAAAACAAAUUUUCGUUUCCAGAAUUUUGUUGUGCCCUGGGAUAAAUCAAGUGAACAGAUCAUUUACUAUCGAGAGCGAAGCGGCCAGAGUAUAAAGUUAUCUAGAAAAAAUGAAUUAUCCAAUUUCUUUAAUAUUGCCAAACAAUAUGGACUGUUUGAAUUGUUUCCAUUCUGUUUAUUGUCUCUUUAGACACGAGAUGCAACAUUUUGUUCACAACCUUGAGGGUUACCUGUCCAAUCAGAUUCUAAAUGUUUCCUGGUCAGAGUUCCAAGAACGACUUCUUAAUGUAUGUAGUUCACUGUGAGUUUUUUGGAAUGGUAUUCCCCCCAAGAAUGAGUGUAAUGCAUUGAACGCAAUCUGAUCACGUGCGUUUGGACCUUCUAUCAUUCGUCAUCUGAUCACGCAUGUUUUAACCAUCUAUCGCGUGAAACUUGCGCAAAUCGCAGCGUUGUAGCAAAAGCGUUUUGACCUCCGAUCGUUGUCGUCCGCACUCCGUAACCUUCGGUAAUUACUAGUAAUAUUAUCAUUUUUUGCAUUACUCGUAGGUAACAAGCUUGGACGAUUUGCACAAUCAGCACGCCGAAUAUCUAAGGAAAGCCAUUUUUCGCUCACUUCUUAGCCGCAAAGCUGCACCUGUGAUGAGUAUCAUUUCCGACCUGGGAACACUCAUACUAAAACUGCGCUCGCAGCUUUUGGCGUCUCCUUGGCAACAGGAUCCCCACACUGGACACGUGACUCAUCCCGCAUUUGACGUCAUGUGUAACACUCACAAGGCUUUCAAGGAAUAUUCAGGAUUCCUUUUCACAGGUAAGUUAUUUUUCACCUUAAUGGUGUUCCUUCACGUACUUUAGUUUGGUGCUGACAUUUAGCAAUUAUUGGAUGAGGCUGAGUAUGAUCUUACACUCAGCGAAAUCUACGUAAUUUUCCACUUUGGAAACCUAGGGAGAAUGGAUACAAGCUCUGGGUGCAGUGAUACCUGGGAUCGUUUGGAUGGACAAGUGUUAGUUAUGAUUGGUCGAUGGUUUCCAAGGCAACCAUUAACCAAUCAUAAGCAACGCUUUUCUAAACAAUCCCAGAAAUCGUUACCAGGCUGGGGAAAUCUUCAGAUCAUACAAAAACCAAACAGUUAUAUUAUUCAUCCAAAAUAAUUCAUAUUUUUAAAAGGACACAAAACAUCCUUACCUCUAUUGAUGUGAAGUUCUCGUGAACAUUUGCCUGUUCGUUGGCAAACUGAGGAUAUAAAGGGAUCUUUAGUCUAGCAGAAGUUCUUUAAAUACCGCUUGUCUUCCGUCGGGCUUAAUUUUUGCUGCUCGUUUUAGACAGUAGUUUCUCCAGCUCACCGAAACAGCUAAGCUAUAAACGGAACCCCGUCCCUAAGGGUUCUCUGUUGCCGUCAGUUUUUAUUGCGAUAUCCUGUAUUAUUGACGUCGUUUUACCCAAUGUCGCAAACGUCUACCAAAUUUGGUCAUUGCUAACUGGUUAUGAAGAAUUAGUCGGGGAAGCUGAACCGAACAGAAACGGAGAAAUAUUUUGAAUAAAUAAUAAUUGUCGUUAUUUUAUUCACAGUGGUAAGCAAGCUUGUUAAUCGUGGAUACCAAUCUCACCUGGCCGACUUCCUGCUCAGAAUCAAUUUCAACAACUUUUAUAAAGUGGAGUAACAGUAGAGUUGUAAACUGCGCAUGUCCCCUGGUUGAUUGCUGCUAGCAGAUAAAUUGAGGGCGUACUUCUGGAAACGUACGUGACUCGUGACUAAGUACGAGGUUCUGAGGAGCAGUAGUUGUUACGUGACGUUUCUUAGCAAUGUCCAGGUUCUGAAGGAUUCAGAGACAGCGUUUCAAGGGCCUUAUGAAAGACACCGAGAGAGGUGAAUGUUUUGUCUCCUGUAAUGCGGCUAUACUUGGAAGACGAUAUUCGGAUUACCAGGAAAUAAAUAGCUAAGAACACCUGCCAGAAAACCUUUCGCCAACUUCCUUCUUGUAUGGUAACUCGUACACCGUUGAUACUAUAAAUGAGGCUAGUCUGACAUGUCACGCUCCCUUAAUUAGAAACCACCCCGUUCGCUUGACGAGGGAGUGACGAUUGGCAAGUUGUGUUAUCUUACAGGUAACAUGCCUUUUAAGUUAAUCCAUCAGCUAUCAGAAUGACAAGGAUAAUGUGAGCAGGGGUUAAUACGUUGUUUUGUGGACUUUCUUCAAAACCUUUAUUACAUUAUGACUUGCCCUCAGUCACUCGUCUGUCAAAGGACAAAAGUGCUUGGGGAAAACCUAAACAUCGUGUUUAAUUAGCAGAGUCAACGUUAUUAACUUGUAAGAAAGCUUAGUAUUUAUUUAACUUCCAAGAAAAACAUAACUAGUCUUCAAGUGACUGGUGAUUGUAUGUGAAGUUUACAAGUAAGCCGUUUUCCAAAAAGUUUGGUAAUUCUUUAUUUUCUUUCAUUUAUUCUACAAAAUUAAGACAUACAUGGUUACUUCUACAGUGUGGCCUGAAGUAAAAAAAAAA